CAUGGAAGAAAAAGAGCCAAUGGCAAAUGUACCGCAGGCCUGCAUUCCCGGCUGUGUUAUGACGACACCCAAACUCCACCGGAAAAUCGUGAAGAGCAAAUAUUGUUUGGCGAGAUCAAAUCUUUUUUCCCAAUGAAUGUCUGAAAAUCUAAGGUGACAGCUUGGACACAUUAAACUUAACGUGAACUCAACUACAUGUUACCAAAGUACCCGCCCUAUUUUUUUUUUAUUUUUGUUUCUGUAAUUGAAUGCUGCCACGUUUAAGGUUAGCUGAACCCAUUGGUAAGGGUAAGUAAGUGAGAGUGAGAGAUCCCAUUUAUUACGGUCAUCCAUCCUUUGUCUUCAAUUCAUUCACCGAUUUCCUGAGUGACUACUGCUCUGUAUUAUCUAUGUAUGCGUAUUCUCUCUCUCUCUGGAAUUAUUGUCUCUGCUACAAUACUUACAAAGUCCAGAUAGAUCUAUCUAUCGUCUUCUUGGAUCUCGGGUUUAAAUUUAAUCAACAAACUCGGGUUUAAAUUUAAACAAUAAACUUGCUUACUUCAUUCAUAAUUUCUUCUAUUAUUGCUCUUUGCUCGUAGCUGCUCCAUGAUCAACCAGAUACCACCCAGUCCUCUUCUUACCUGUGCUAGUUUUAGCUGUGGGUACUGCUUCCACGUCAAGGCUGCUCAAAAAAUAAAAGUGUGGGUUAGUGUCAAUCUCGAGUAGCCCGAGAAACUGAAGAGAGAAAGGAUACAAAAUACUAGUAAAAUAAGUACUGCUUUUAUCGUCAAAAUUAAUAAUGCCUGCAGUUUGAGAAUAUACAAAUCAUCGAGAGAAGAGAAAUUUUUUUAAGAAAGACUAUUUUUGUAGUCUGCAACUUGUGUAAUGAGUUCACGUGACGACUACGCUGCGAUGUCCGUGAGUUUUGCUAGCAAAGAGUUGGAGAUACGAUGCUACUGCCACUGCCUCGCUUCCAUUCAACUUACAAACUUCGCCGCCACUCUCGAGUUUACAGUUUUCCGAUUCCAUUAUUUGGGCUAGCUGUCGUUUUUCAAGUCUCUGAAAAUGGCGACUGUUCAUGUCUUAAGUCUAAUUAUUGGGAUGUUUUUUUAAGUUAAUGUUGCGUCUGGGGAAAUGGGUAGAUCUGAAUAUUUUGGCAUUUUGCUCUCUCCUUGUGGAAACUAGAAUCAAAAUGAUCUGAGAGCUCCCAUUUCUGUUCUACACCCAGCUAAAAGAAUAUCAUGGAAUCAAGGUACCAUUUUCUCUACCUCUUGUUAUUUUGUACCAUUUGGAUUAUUUCUCCGGUUACAUCCAGUGAUGCGGAGGCGCUCUUAACCCUCAAGUCAUCAAUUGAUCCUUCAAACUCUCUGCCAUGGCCGCAAGGAAGCGAUGCUUGCAAGUGGCGAGGGAUCAAAGAAUGCAUGAACGGAAGGGUCACUAAGCUUGUUCUCGAGUAUCUAAACCUUAGGGGUACUUUAGAUGCUAAAACCCUUAAUCAAUUAGAUCAACUUCGCGUUUUAAGUUUCAAAGGCAACUCAAUUUCAGGCCAAAUCCCCAGUCUUUCAGGUCUAGUCAAUCUCAAAUCCCUCUUCCUCAACAGUAACAAUUUCUCAGGCAAUUUUCCUGAUUCCAUUACGAGCCUACACCGUUUAAAAGUCGUAGUUUUAGCUGAUAACCAAAUUUCAGGUCCACUCCCAGUUUCUCUCCUCAAACUCGCUCGACUAUAUGUUCUUAACUUGCAAGACAACCGGUUCACUGGGCCAAUCCCUCCUCUGAACCAAACUAGUCUCAGGUUUUUCAAUGUGUCUAAUAAUGAACUCUCGGGGGAGAUUCCGGUGACGCCAGCCUUGAUUCGGUUCAAUACGUCGUCAUUUUCUGGCAAUGUGGAUAUAUGUGGGGAGCAGAUUGGAAACCCUUGCAGUAAUAGAGAGUUUGGGCCACCAGCCAGCCCUGCUUAUCCUAGGGACAGGGAGGGAGGCUCAAAAUCAUCCUCGAAGCGGAGUAAAUUGAUAAAGAUUAUUGUAGGGACCGUGGGUGGAUUUUUGGUGGUUUGUUUAUUAAUUACGAUAUGUUUAAUUCGCAUGCACCGUGGUAGAAAUAGAAAAGAGGAGCCAGCAGGUGUAGGGGAGGUAAGAAGCAAGGCAAAAGGAGUGGCUAUUAGCAGCAGCGGAGAAAAUGGUAACGGCGGCGGCGGAGGAGGUAAUAACAGUGGAACACAAGGUGGUUUCUCAUGGGAGGGAGAAGGAUUAGGUACAUUAGUAUUCUUGGGUGCAGGGGAUCAGCAGAUGAGUUAUAGCCUAGAAGAUCUAUUAAAGGCAUCAGCGGAGACGUUAGGGAGAGGCAGUAUGGGAAGCACCUAUAAAGCAGUCAUGGAGUCUGGGUUCAUCGUCACUGUUAAAAGGUUGAAAGAUGCAAGAUAUCCAAGGGUAGAGGAGUUUCGGAGACACAUGGACCUGCUUGGUAGGUUAAGGCAUCCAAAUCUGGUCCCGCUCAGGGCUUAUUUUCAAGCUAAGGAGGAACGCCUGCUUGUAUAUGAUUAUUUUCCAAACGGCAGUCUCUUCUCUCUCCUUCACGGAACAAGGACUUCUGGUGGUGGAAAGCCUCUUCACUGGACUUCUUGCCUCAAAAUAGCUGAGGACUUGGCUACUGGACUGCUAUAUAUCCACCAGAACCCUGGCUUAACCCAUGGAAACUUGAAAUCCUCCAAUGUGCUGUUAGGUCCCGAAUUUGAGUCCUGCCUCACCGAUUAUGGUCUGACAGUGUUCCGAGAUCCAGAUUUGGUGGAGGAACCCAGUGCUACUUCUCUUUUCUAUAGAGCUCCUGAAAGUCGGGACAUGCGAAAACCAUCAACUCAACAAGCUGAUGUCUACAGCUUUGGCGUGCUACUCUUAGAACUCUUGACUGGCAAAACUCCAUUCCAGGACCUUGUUCAGGAACAUGGUUCGGACAUUCCUAGAUGGGUUCGAUCAGUAAGAGAAGAAGAGACAGAGUCCGGUGAUGAUCCUACCUCAGGCAAUGAGGCAGCAGAGGAAAAACUUCUAGCUCUUGUAAAUGUUGCAAUGGCAUGCGUCUCACUUACGCCAGAAAGCCGGCCAUCCAUGAGGGAGGUAUUGAAGAUGAUAAGAGAUGCAAGGGCGGAGGCUCAAGUCUCAUCAAAUAGCAGCGACCAUUCACCUGGAAGAUGGUCUGAUACCGUCCAGAGCUUGCCUAGAGAUGAACAUUUGAGCAUUUAAGUGGUCGGUGAAGUUAGAGUUAGCGGCUUCAAAUUUAUGUAUUCUGAUUUGAUUUGAUUUUUCAAAUUGAAAAUUUAUUCUUCAACUAGGCAUUGUGUAGAGUCUACUGAUGUAAAGUUACCACUUCUUUUCCUUUUUUGUUUUCAUUCUUAAUUUCUUAGUUGAGCAGUAUAAGUUUGGGUUGGAUAAUCCUCCGCAUUUGACAUUUGUUGGGUGUUUAAUGUUAGUGAUUUGGUGCAUUUUCUUGGA